AUGGUCUCAAUGGUCGAGGAGAUGACUAUGGACCCUAUCGUCCCUAAACAUGAACCUGGUCCUGAUGGCUCUAUGAGCUCGGCUGUGUCGACGCCAGACCCGGAAGCCGAACCUUUGCAGGAUGCAGCACAGACGCAGAAGAGGAAGGGAGGCAGAAAACCUAUCUACGCCACCUCGGAAGAGCGCAAGCAGCGCAACAGACAGGCCCAGGCGGCCUUCCGUGAACGCAGGACGGAGUAUAUCCGUCAGCUAGAGACGACUAUCAAGCGCAAUGAGGAAUCCCUCCAGAGCCUGCAGCAGAGUCACCGCAGUGCCGCUGACGAAUGUCUUAUGCUGCGGUACAAGAACUCUCUGCUAGAGCGGAUCUUGCUCGAAAAAGGCAUCGAUGUACAGGCUGAGCUACGUCUGAAGACCGGGGCGCCGGGCGCUCCGCCCAAGGCAAACCCAGUGCCCCCAAAGGCAGCGCCUAGCGCGGCAGGGCCUCGCGCAAACCAGCGACACCCCGCAGGCAUCGCCUCCAAGUCCGAGGCAUUCGGCAUGUCGCAGCGGGAAGGUGCAUACGGGAUGCCGUCACCGCAGUUCCAAGCAACCCCUACCUCACACGUCUCCUCACCCUCGCACGCCAAGUCCCCAGGCUUCGGCUUCCAGGGCGGCAUGUCGCCCGUCGGUGUCGACUCCCAGGCCGGACGGCCACAGCUUCUCCCCCAACCUCGGACCUUCAAUCAGACCUCGCCGCCGGCAAUCAGCAUGCCGCAGACCGAGCCGUCAGAUCCCAAGUCCCAAUCCCGGGGGGCCAUGGGUCCUCGCGGUGCGCGGGUCGCAGCGGCAGCUUAUUAUCCUUCUCCCUUUCAAAAACACUAUGAUCAACUCGAACAAGAGUACGACGCUCAGGCCGACAUGGCUGACGAUGACCACGACGGUUCGGCAUCAUACGUCCCGGGCUUUACACCCCAGUCCAUUGCCUCGGGCCCUCACAGCAUCUCUGGCUUCAAUCAACCGCCAGGCGAGGGCACGUCCGGCGAUUUCGGACAUGCAAACUCCUUGCUCGGCUCGUAUGAGCCGAUGCUGGAUACAGAUCCAUUUGGGUUAAGUGCUAGCAUGCAUUUCCCGACGCCAUUCAACUACGAGCACAACAACUCGCGGCAAUGA